UGGUUGUUGGUACUAAACCUUUCACCUUUAAUAAUACCCAGCCACAAUUUCCAAUGUUAAACAAGGAUUUAUACAAGGAUCAUCAACCAGACCCACAUUUAACCUCUGUAUUCCUCAUUACCUGUAUCUGAAGUAUAAAUGUAGUUUUAAACUACAAAUGUGGAAGCCUCUGUCUAAAGACAGUCCAGUAAGUGAGUAUGUAGUCUAAACCUGUCUGACCUUCUGUCAAGGACACGUCUGCAUAUCUGCGUAGUUUUAAUCUCCUAGCAGCACACUGCCGCUGUAAUCCUCGGCAGAAUGUCGACAGAUCAUUCAAACACACAAUCAUCAAAACUUCAGUGGAGAUAUUUACCUUAACAUUUUGUUGAAAUAAAUUUAUCAGGCCUAUACGCAGAAGAAAGAAGAACGUUUUCAUUCCCGUGGUCGGAUCCUUUAACAUUGUGUUUUAAGAGGGGGUUGGGUUACAACGCCUAAACGGAGGAAAGCAAGAAUAAUCAUUUUUAAAAUAACACAUCACUUAACCAUUUUCCUGCCUUCUCAUCUUAAAAUAACGCAUCACUUAACAAACAUAACCAACUACGCAGCCUCUAACGAAUGGAGCAGCUCGAAGUCUCGAGACAGAAUUUGUUAGAGUAGUAUGCAAACCAUCCCCUCGUGCUCUUCCUGAGGCAGGAUAGAGACAUGCAUGCACUCUUCAUGUUUCAGAGGCAAGGCGAGACUUUCGCCAGACCCUGGUCUGGUGCGGACACCUUACUUCCAAGGUAAUCAUUGAUGGAACGUUUUAACUGGAGACAAAAGUGAAUGAUGUUCAUUUGUAAUCUUGCACUGAACAUUUUUAACAUUUAAUAUGUAUAUCAUUAAUAGCGUUGCAUUUUUUUAAAGCCAAAAAUAAUCGUAAGUUACAAUCUUCUUAAUAAAGAUAUUUCAAUCGAUAGGUUUAUAGUUUAUUUCACUGUUAAGACUUUGAGGUUAAUGUAUUCCUGGUAAAGUAUCCUUUUUCAAGACGAUCAUUGUAACCAUAAUGGCAGUACUCUCCGCGUUACCAUUUUAAUAGCGCAUUCAGGAGCCGCCCAGCGUUAAUGGCUGCUGUGCUGUUCUUUUUCAAAAUGGCUUCUUCACAAAGGAGUGCACUGAAAGCAGAAGGCGCAGCAGCCAUGCAUGGGCGAGGCUGCCUGUCGUAACCAAGGGACUCGCAUCUUCACAUGCAACCACUUCCAUUUUUACAACACACCCUAACCAUUACGGCUAGCAGUACUAGACGUUUGAGAAGUCAGGACGUUACAUAAAGUUGCUGCCUGCGUAGUAAUAUUUUUUCCGUAACUCGUGCCCGUGUCGCGUGAGUAAUCCAUACAAACCCUGUGGCCAACAGAGCGAGCCGAGCAUUUGGACGCGUGCCACCAGAUCGGGACGACUGCUCUCACAUAGCCAUAUAAGGACGGAAAGCAGCUUUCAACAAUCUGUGGCAUUUCAGUCAGCAAGCACAAAGGGAACGCUCGUGCUCAGCUGUGUUCUCGAGCCCCCCUUCAAGAAUAUUCGAUGCAGUAACUCGAUGUGUCCACGAGCAAAGCAGAGGAUCAUUUGAUGUGAAGCAUGCAGGAUGAAUUCAGAGUAAGGCAUGGAGGAGAGAGAAGGGAAAUUAUUUUGGGCUUUGGCACAUAUCAUCUCUUCGGGUGAUACUACACUAUUGAAACACAUAUCGGUACGCGUUAAAUGAAGCCAGCCUUUCUGCGAGAAAAGGACAGGAACACCACAGAUAUGUAAAACAACACUCAACCGCAGUCUGGCGUCUCCAGCCCGAAUAAAGCAGACGGGCGCAUGAGACCCACUGCGCUCGGGAGCUGUUUGCCAGGCGAGCCGGAGCGGAUCCAUGGCAGGAAUCAAGAUUACUGGUUUUGUGAUAACGCCUCUUUCUGUGCGUUUUCGUGAGUAACCUAGAAUGUGCUCAUCUGUGUAGCUGCCACAGAAAGGCUGUAUAUUGCUGUUUUAUGUGGUGUUUCUGUUGGACAUACUGGGACCGAGUGCACGUCGGGCUUUCACGCACAGUAACGCUGCAGCGUUUUCUAUGACGUACAGAUGUCCGAUAGAUCAUAGGUUAUUGUAAAAUGUAAAAUGUUCAAAAACAUUUUUAUAUUUUUAAAUAGUAACCAAAAGAGUGACGUAGGCCUAGUUGAGCUUUUCCUUAUUCUGGGUCUCAGGGUUUAUCUAUAAACUAACAUUUACUACUCUUGAAUCCUGUUGUUUUUCUGAGAAGCAGAAACUGCAACAAGGGCUCGUUUUAAAUUUUGAGGAAAUGCAGCCUGUGAUUUUAAGAGGCCUAUGACCACUCUCUCUCUCUCUCUCGCUCUCUCUCUCUCUCUCUCGCUCUCGUCCUCUCUUCUAUAUACACACUUUUUCCCGCUCGUGCGGUGAACUCAGCUAUGGCUCCCUCGUGAUUAAGGCCGCGCGACAGCAGUGCUGUAUGGGUGAACUAUUAGUGUUUUAUGGGGAAAAAAAAACACCUAUUCUGAGGGUAAACGCAUUUACCAGAAAUGACCUCAUUGUGAUUGUAACGAAACAGGAAUGUUUAAGAUCCCACGGAGUAAAAUGUAGUAAUCGGUAAAACUAUAAUUAAUUUAGCUCCCAGCUCGUGCCAGUGCGGGCCUGGUGUGUUCGUUGAGCAGUAAGCGGAGGGUGCACGUGUCUCUGGGCUCCCCCUGCUGGGACGUGUGUACAUGCUCGGUGAGGAAAUGGCUCGCGUGUCCUCGGUAGAGGUGGGAAACUGGCUCUUGGUUUUGGUCACCGUUUACCGGGACAGCGCUGUACAGGACUGAAAAGAAGUAAAUGGACUUUAUAUGAACGGUUAUACCGUACCUGGCUUGACGGAUGGGGAAUGAAGAAUGUGCUCGUGCUUGUUGGACACACGCGAGUCGAGUAGGCCGUGCCUUUUUUAAAUGUAUUUUUGUGAUUGCGUACUUUGAAUAUUAAAAAAAUGUCAUCUUUAACUGAAUAAGAACAGAUUACGUCUUCGAUACUCAAAUGUUUCUUUCACUUGAGUUUAUUUUAUGCAAAACGGAAUAAAAAAAAUUAACAUAUGCUAUAAUGUGCUGCUUUUUGUGUUUAUUUAUUUAUGAUUUUAAACAUAGUGUAAUACUCUCAGUAUUUAUUAAGUCACACAACCCAGAGUUUGUGUGGGUGAUGCCUACAAUCGUCCUAUUCUCUGCCGGUGUGGACCUGGGACUGCGUCGUCCUGCAGGUCUCGAGACCGGAGUAGGGGCAGGGAACAACAGCCACGUCUGCAGUCUGGAGCAUCGAUCUCUGCGCCAGCAAAAAGGAUCUGCUUCUGUUUUACUCCUUCAUUCUUUUUUAAAAAUAAAAUAAUCUAGUAAUGAUACAGCAAAAAGCUUUAUUUUCAUGUUAUAAUAAUAAUAAUAAUAAUAAUAAUAAUAAUAAUGUGACUCAGAUUUAACCCCUCCCUCUUGGCAAUAGCAAGUGCGCACACACACUGUGGGCUGGACCAAGAGCCCAAUGAAUGAGUAGAUAUGUUUCCGCUAUGUUUGUGUAUGUGUGUGUGUGAGUGAGAGAGAGAGAGAGAGAGAGAGACAGAGAGAGAUAGAUUGAUGCUGUACAGAGCAGGCGUGUGUGUGGCAGGGGAGGUGGUAAUUACCCUCCACACCCAGUGAUGACAGACAGAGCCAGAGAGACAAGUUGGUGUACUGCUACGAGUAGUGCUGGAGGACUGUCUGUCAGACACACACGCACACACACAUGGCCUAGUAACGGAGUAUUCAGGAAGUGGGCUGAGGACUGGCGUGUGUACCUGGGGCAGGACUUUCCUGGCUGCUGUAUGCUCACUCCAGUUCCUCAUGAAUGCUGAUACCAUUGUUCCUGCUAACUGCUGGACUCGCUGACCCACGUCACCCCAUCCCACCUUUACCUGGUCAGGCCUGGUCAGGCCUGGCCCGCCGCACCACCUCCUCACAGGACAGAAUGCAGAACGGCUCAGGAGCAGGUAGAGGCAGAGCUGUUGGUGGAGAACAGCUCAAAAUUGUGAUCGUAGGGGAUGGUGGGUGCGGAAAGACCUCUUUACUUAUGGUCUACGCGAAGGGUGAUUUUCCAGAGACAUACGCCCCCUCCGUCUUUGAGAAGUAUGUCACCAUGGUGACACAUGGAGGGAAAGAGAUACAGCUGAAUCUUUACGAUACAGCAGGUCAGGACGACUAUGAUAGACUGAGACCACUCUCCUAUCAAGAUGCAAACCUUGUGCUCAUCUGCUAUGAUGUGACAAACCCCACCAGCUUUGAUAAUGUUCUAAUUAAGUGGUACCCAGAAGUCCGCCACUUCUGUCGUGAUGUCCCCAUUAUCUUGAUCGGUUGCAAGACAGACCUGAGGAAGGAUAAAGAGCGAACUAGGAAGCUGAAAGCACAGGACCAGGCCCCGAUCACGUACAUACAGGGAGAGGUGACGCAGAAAGAGAUGAACGCUGAGCUGUACCUGGAGUGCUCGGCUAAGUACCGUGAGAACGUGGAGGACAUUUUCAAAGAGGCCACCAAGAUUGCUCUCGCCGCCAACCGCAAAGCACGACAUGCUCGCAAAAAGCCACACAGCUGCACCAUCCUGUAGGACCAGCAGGGGGAGUCAUGGAGCAGGAACCGCCGCUCUCUGGUUGUAGGAGCAACAGUUCUCCUAAAUGGCUAAAUGCAUUAAGUCUCAGGGAUUCUAAAAGAUGUUAUAAGCACUUAUUACAAAUGGAUAAGACAGAGAAAUGGCUUUUGAUAUGUUGUCAGAGCACCAACUGUCUGAUCCACAGUAUCUGAUCUACCUACUGUCUGAGUGGCAGUGAUGUCUCAGUGGUGAAGGUACUGGACUGGUACUCAGAAGGUUGCUAGUUCAAGUCCCACCACUGCCGGGCCCCUGAGCAAGACCCAAUUACUCAAGUUGUGUUCUGUCACUUUGAAUAAAAGUAUCAGAUAAAUGAUCCACAGUAUCUGGUUCAUAUGCCAUCUGAGCUACAGUGUCCGGUACACCUACUAUCUGAUCCCCAUGCUGUCUGAUGCACUGUAUCUGGUCCACACUCUGUCUGAUCUAAAGUAUCUGAUCCACAGUAGUGUUAAACCCCUUGCAGGACAACAUUGCACUGUCAGGUUGGUAAGAAGUGACACACAUGCUGCUAUUGGUCCAGCAAUAAUAAUUCCACCUUUCACUGAGGUUAGCUUCAUAUUAAUAUAACUUGAUUAAUAUUAAUAAUCCAUUCACUUGCACAAUAAUUAAAUAGUAUAUUUUCCCAUGACACAAACUUUACUUGGGUCUUUCUUCCUAGUGGACAUUUAACUGAGUAGUAAUUACACACAUUACUAUGAUGAAAAAGUCCCAUAGCACAAUAGCAGCUGAUUAAACUAGUCUGUGUUCAGGGAUGCUUGUUGUGACAAAGAAUGAUGUGGAAUAUUUGACUUUGAAAAAUGGUUGUAGUUUUUAUUAAUUUUCUUUCAGUGUUCAUCCUCGAAUAAAGGGGUUUUCAUUUCUGUGAGUAGAAAAAAGUGUCCAUUGAUGUUUCUGUAAUGCGGAGUAUUCCACUAGUGCAGUCACAUGUCUAUUUUCAUUUUGUGUUUUAGAUCUGGAACAUUUGUUAUCUGCUUCUGUAAUACAGUAAAUUGUCCAUUUUAAACAUUCAA